AUGGAGGAAGCAAAGGAAGUGAAAAUGCCUAUGGAAGUUGAAUAUCUGAAAGAUGAGAAUGUUGAGCGAUUGUUGACAGACAACCACCAAUAUCGAAAGGUUAUUGACAAAUUGUUGUUCAUAAUGACAGUGACAAGACCAGACAUUGCAGCAGCAGUAGGAAUACUUUGCAGAAAGGUUUCGGCUCCAUCGCAUCAUGAUUGGAAUGCGAUGGCUGUAGAUAUAUUUCAUAACAAGGAAUUCUCUGAUGCUUAUCAAGCUGGCAUGAUUGUCGAUUCUCCAAAAAUUAAGAAUUUGAUAAUAUCAUAUUUGGAAGAAAAGAAAGGGAAGCCAUUUGAGCUGGCAGUUGAUGCUGGCUGUGGGACAGGGAGGUCCACUCGGACUUUGGCUCCACAUUUCCAGAAGGUAAUUGGAAUAGAUGUAAGUAAGUCCCAAAUAAGUGUGGCCAGAAAAUGUACUUCACAUGAGAACAUCUCUUACCAAAUUUCCCCAGCUGAGGAGCUGCCUCUGGAAGAUGCAUCAGUGGAUCUGAUUAAUGCAGGCCUUGCUGCUCAUUGGUUCAAUCCACAGAAAUUUGGACUGGAAGCAGCUCGGGUGCUUAAACAUGGAGGCUGUUUGGCCUUACAUUCUUUUUCAGUUGUAUUUGAGAUUGAGUAUAAGGACAAGUCAGAGGAACUAACUGCUGCCUUUAGUGAGGCUUUGGAAAUUCUCUCUGAUUUUAAUAAGAAAGUUGUUGGUGAAAUGAAGACUAUGUAUCCAGAAUUAUUCAGUGCCAUACCAUUCAAAGAUAAGCAGAGGAUCAGCGGCAUCCGUGAAGUAUUUCUCUUAACAGUCUCCGAAAUAAUGAGUUUCCUUCAGGCAAUGUGUUUGUACAAGGAGUUCCUAGAGCAAGACAAAGAUAAGGCCACAGCUUUUCUACAAGAUUUAGAGAAAAGGUUGUUAGAUUUAUUGGGUGAAUCUGCUUCUGAUGUUCUUCUGGGAUUUCAUGUGGAUUAUUUCUGUCUUCUUGCAUCCAAACCUUGAAUUGCCUUCAACUAUCAAACCUGCACUAUUAGAAGACUGAGCCAUUUUGGAGCAAAGUUAUUUACAGCCUCUCCAUUAUUAUAUCAGAACAUGCACGUUUCAGUUGUCUUUGUUAAAAAAAAUUAAAAUCUCAGACAUUAUUAAAGCUAUAUACCAGAUAAAGGUAUCAGAUCAUUAACUUCACUAGAAUCCUAAAUUUCAUCAAAAUGUAAUGAUUGUCAAGGCAUUUCUAUAUUGUUCUUGAAACAAAAACUCUUUCAUCCAAAGUUCAUCCAACAGUUCAUACAUUUGUAAAUACUGUACCUGAACAGGGCCAGAAAAUGACUCCAUAAACUGUGUAAUUAGUGAAUCAGAGCUGAAAUUGUAUUAGACUGGGUAGCAAAGCACUAGUAUUUUGCUACCAAUUGUAAUUGAAUAAUAAUUAAUAAUUCAGCUCUGAGGUGUAGUGCAGAUAAAAAAUAUGAUUAUGAACCAAAGAUGCAAUAACACACCCACUACAUUUAGAAUAAAUAGAAUAAAUGCAGGCAAUGGAGUCCUAGAGGGUGGUUCUAGAUAGUAUAAUGGCACCACAUUACCUACCCUUAGAACUGCAUGUGCCAACAUGCAUUUCCCAAGAGGCAGAGCUAUACCAAAGAGCUUUGACGUUCAAGGCAAGGGUAUCAAGUAAAACAUGCAUCCAUGGGGUGCAGCGGAAAUGGUACACCAGAAGAACAUUUUUUCCAGCAUAAAUGCAGUUAUAUAUAUUAUAUAAUGGGUUUGGACAAUAAAACAAAACUAAAUGGCACCACCCACUAUUCCAAAAAUGGGAUAUUUCACUAUCCAUGGAAUUAAAGUUGCUGCCACAUCUUGUAGAGAUGCUCAUGAUUGUCUUGCAGCAGUAGAUCAUAUCAUUAAGCAUACAUGAAGUAGAGGUAAAUUGCCCCCCUUACAUUUAAAUAAAGAGACAAAGGCGAAGCUUUAUUUCAAACCACUCUGAAUCCACUAAGGCAGGGGUGUCUAAACUUUUUGCAACAAGGGCCAGAUUUAUUGAGGUGAAAAUGUGUGGGAGCCAACCAUUCAGCCUGACAUUC